AUGUAUCGCUCGUUUGCUUUCCUUCCUUUUAGAUUUACUUCAAUUCCUUCUCGCACUUCUCCUAUUUCUCCCUCUUUCUUAACCAAAAUCUCUCGGUUUUCCACCAUGGGGACAACCCUCAACGCUCAACGUAGCGAUUCACGGCCUGUGUUCUUUUUUGACAUUGACAAUUGUGUACGUAUUUUUGAACAUAUAUACCGUGAAAUCUGGCUAACCUAUGAUCGGACUUGCAACAUUCAUGAUGAGAUGCAAAAGUUGAUCAAUGUCUUCUUCGUUAAACAUCUCAACCUUUCUGUGGAAGAUGCGCAUAUGCUCCAUCAGAAAUACUACCAAGAGUAUGGCCUCGCCAUUGAGGGCCUCACUCGCCACCACAAAAUCGACCCUCUUGAAUUCAAUGAAGAGGUCGAUGAUGCUUUGCCCCUUGAAAAUAUCUUAAAGCCAGAUCCCAAACUGCGUCAGUUGCUAGAGCGCCUGGAUACCACCAAGGUUAAGCCAUGGCUGCUCACUAAUGCCUAUGUGACCCAUGGGAAAAAAGUGGUGAAGCUUCUAGGCAUCGAGGAUCUGUUUGAAGGCAUCACGUUCUGUGACUAUGGCGAGCUGCCGUUGGUUUGCAAACCGAGUCAGGAUAUGUACGCAAAGGCAGAGAGAGAGGCCGAUGCUCCCAGUUCAGAAUCAUGCUAUUUCGUUGAUGACUCGUACCUCAACUGUGUACACGCAGAAGCCCGAGGCUGGAAAUCAGUACACUUUGUCGAAACAGGCUUCCCAAUUCCAAGCAAGCCAGCUUCAAGCUACUCCGUCUCGAGUCUUCAUGAGCUACCGGUCCAUUUCCCAUCCGUUUUCAAGCAGGAAUAA